AUGCAUCAUUUCAAUAGUAAUAGUCGUAAACCAUCAAUAAAUCGUAAAAGUUUACACCCCUUAGAAAUUCCCCAUAAUGAUAAUAAAUCAAGAAGAUCGACGUAUUUCAAAUUUGUUGAUGGUAGAAAAUUUAUUAAUAUCAAGCAAUCUUGUGAAUUCCUGCCUGUUGAUCACAAGUCAAUGUCUAAAAUGGAAACUUUAGAAAUUACAUCACAAUAUUUAUGGAAUGGUAAUUUUUCUUCUCCUAUAAGCGAAACAUUACAGAAUGGUGGCGCAUCUGUAAUAGAUAUUGGAUGUGGACCUGCGACUUGGUUAAUGUUUAUGGCAGAGGAAUUUCCAAAAUCAUCAUUUGUUGGAAUUGAUAUAGUAAUUGAUGUGAAAGAUUCUAAAAAAGAAUUGCCAGAAAAUCUGGCUAUAAUUGAACAUAAUAUAUUUGAUGGUUUACCAUUUCCAAAUGACACUUUUGAUUUUGUUCAUCAAAAAAACAUGAUAACUUCACUAACAAUCGAUCAAUGGUCUUUUGUGAUCGAUGAACUGAUACGUAUAACUAAACCUGGUGGUUGGAUUGAAUUUAUGGUAAUUAAUAAUGAAUAUAAUAAUGAAAAUGAAUCCAUGCCAUAUUCCAUGGGUCCAAUGACAACAAAACUUACAUCAGAAUUCAUGAAAUUAUUCGAAUCACGUGGCAUAGAUAAAUCAACUCCUGAAUCUAUUGAAAAAAAAUUAAUAGCUACUGAUAAAAUAGUUGAAAUUAGACGUCAAUCAAGAAAUUUUCCCUUGGGUGGUUGCGGUAUGGUCAGUGAAGUGUUGAGACAAGCUAUACUUGAGUCGAUGGAAACCAUUAGACCUUAUUUCCCAUCAAUUACGGGAGUGAGUUUAGAAGAGUAUGAUGAAAUGGUUAGACAAAGUAUUUUAGAAGAUGAUGAAUAUAAAACUUAUAUAAAAAAUUAUAGAAUAUACGGAAAGAAAAAAGAUGAUUGA